AUGCUCUCCACGACGAUUCGCGUGGCCGAGCGUUAUGGUCCACCGUUCACAGGUUCCCGUGCUCCCUUUGACAGCUCCGACCCCCUCGUUUUCACACACCACAACCUCAACAUGCGCAACUUCCCCCUCGACCGCCUUGGAAAGGUCCGGUUGCUCAAUUUCGGAUGGCCUGGCUUUCACCCCCCAGUGUUCGAGUACUAUGGGAUGCGCCAGGCGGCGAUCAACGAUCGGUCACCGAAAUCAUGCAUGUAUUCUAUCCCCUUCAUGGCUGGUAUCUACUUCAAAGAAAGACUGGUUGUAUGA